AUGGCUGGAGCGUGGCGUAAGGGAUGUGAUAAAUUACUGAAGAGACGGCAGGUGGAGAGCAAUGAAGGUUUAUUGAGCGUAGUCAUCAGCAACAGCUUCCCGAUGCACGGCCUGCUGACUGGUCCUCUGUCACGCCGAACUUCGUACUUAACAGAUAUAGUAUGGUGGUCUGGCACUAUUGCAAUGGCUCUGGGUCAAAUAGGGAAUUUCUUGGCCUACACUGCAGUCCCAACUGUGCUAGUGACACCCUUGGGAGCUCUUGGCGUUCCAUUUGGGUCCAUUUUAGCUUCUUACUUACUGAAAGAAAAACUGAACAUUCUUGGCAAGCUGGGAUGUUUGCUGAGCUGCGCUGGGUCUGUUGUUCUCAUCAUCCAUUCCCCAAAGUCCGAGAGCGUAACAACUCAGGCUGAGCUUGAAGAGAAGCUUACAAAUCCAGUUUUCGUGGGUUAUCUCUGCAUAGUGCUGCUAAUGCUUCUCCUGCUUAUCUUCUGGAUAGCUCCAGCUCAUGGACCUACUAAUAUCAUGGUUUACAUCAGUAUUUGCUCUCUGUUGGGCAGUUUCACUGUUCCCAGCACAAAAGGCAUCGGGCUGGCUGCUCAAGAUAUCUUUCACAAUAACCCCUCAAGUCAAAGGGCUCUGUACCUCUGUCUGGUACUUCUGGCAGUAUUAGGAUGUAGCAUUAUCAUUCAGUUCAGAUACAUCAAUAAGGCACUGGAAUGUUUUGACUCCUCUGUGUUUGGUGCCAUCUACUACGUUGUGUUUACCACCCUGGUCCUGCUGGCUUCAGCCAUCCUUUUCAGGGAAUGGAGUAAUGUAGGAGUGGUAGAUUUCUUGGGAAUGGCUUGUGGAUUCACCACAGUAUCUAUUGGAAUUGUUCUUAUACAAGUCUUCAAGGAAUUCAACUUCAAUAUCGGGGAUUUAAAUAAACCUAACAUGAAGACAGAUUAA